CAGCUUGACGCUUUCUUCUCACCUCAGAGUCAAUCUGUUGAAUAUUUGGUUCUGCGGGCGGAGGAGGAGGAAGAGUUCACUUCCAGUGCGGACCCUGAAAGGAAGCGAGCGAUCAGCACCAGGAACCACCCAGUGUGCAUCACUCAGUCACUGACAGCUAUGGCGACGAUUGUAAUGGAGAGAAUUGGGCGAGUGUUCAUCAGCCUGCAGCAGAUCAGGGCGGUUCCUCGGAUGCUGACCGAGGCGGCGCCCUCCAUGCCCGGCACUGUGAGAGACACUGAAGUUCCCCCUUACUUCAGGGAGCGCUACAUCAGCACUGGCUACCGACCGCUGAACCAAAACUGGCGGUACUACUUCCUUUCUUUAUUCCAGCGCCACAAUGAGACCAUCAACGUUUGGACUCACCUGCUGGCGUUUUUAAUUGUUCUGGUUAAAUUGCGGCAACUUGCCGAGACUAUGGACUUUGUUAGUGAUCAUCAUUCGUGGCCCCUGUUGGUCCUGAUCCUGUCCUCUGUGACCUACUCGGCAUUCAGUGUGGCAGCUCACCUACUGGGUGGCAAGUCUGAGCUGUGUCACUAUACCUUCUUCUUUCUGGAUUAUGUUGGGGUAGCACAGUAUCAGUAUGGCAGUGCUGUAGUUCACUUUUACUAUGCUGUAGAUGAAAGCUUGUACAGAUAUGUGCAUGGGAUCUUCAUGCCCAUUGCUACUGUUCUCAGCUGUCUGUCAUGUCUGGGUUGCUGCUAUGGCAAGUUCUGCAACCACACCCUACCGACAUGGGUGCGUAAGGUGGGCCAAGUGGUGCCCUCAGCGCUCGCCUAUAUCUGGGACAGCAGUCCUGUAAGUACAAGACUCAUGUCAUGGUCCACAGCCAGCGAUGACCCAGCUAUUAUCUAUCACUUUGGCCAGGUGGCUUUCUUCCUCAGCUGCGCCUUCUUCUUUACCUUCCCCGUGUUGGAGCGCUGCUUCCCUGGGCGGUGCGAUUUUGUCGGACAGAGUCAUCAGAUGUUUCAUGUUUUUCUAUCUUGCUGCACCCUGUGUCAGAUCCAUGCCUCCUACCUCGACUUCAUGGGCCGUAGGAACCUGUACUCACGUCUGCAUGGGAGCGGUGACGCCGCUCUCUUUGUUGGAUUGUAUCUGGUCACGUUGGUUUCAUGCAUUUUAAUAGUUGCCUUCAUGUUGAGGAAAGUGAAACAAAUGCUUGACUUGAAAGCCAAGUGAAAAUAAUAGAUUAGGUGUCGUAGGAUGGACGUGCAAAAGCAUUUAUGUGCCUUUCCUUCCAGACUUGCUGCUUUUCAAAAGGGAACAAAUUAUAUUUGCUGCCCGAUUGUAUUAUGAUGUUGGAAUUUGAGUAUUUGUCAUAACAUUUAGUAGCAUAUUACAGGUGAGAUAAUGAUGUUAGUAUUUUGGUACUUCUUUGUAUUAAACAUUUUGUAAUAACUCACAGUAUCUGCAUUUUUGUGCAUCAGCAAAGGCUGGAAACAAAACCAGAUUCCCAUAAUUUAUGACCACCUACAGCCAUUAAUAAGAUCACUGAUGUUACUGAUAAAAAUACAUGACAAGCAUCCGGAUUUGUUAGAUUAUCAGAUUGUUGGGAUUUAAAAAAAAAAAAAAAAAUCCAACAAUACUGGAAUAAUUUAUGGAAUAACAUGUAAACUCUGAUUUAAUUUGUAUAUUUUGAAAGUGAGAUUUUGUUACCAAAAACUAAUGAACUUUUAGAUUUUUAUUAUUUGAAAAAAAGAAGUUAAUUAUUGAAAUAGUUUAAAGGUGAUACACUGCUCAAAACUUGUUAAAAAAUGUACUUCAUAACUGAAGUUAGGCCACUGUAACAUAGCGACAUUGAUGAAACCGCAGUGUGAUAACAUGUUAGGACAUGUCGUAGUGCCUUUUGGAAAAAUUGGUUGCACGUUUGCACAAGUUGGUGCUGAUUUUUAACUCCUUAAUGGCAACAGAUAAUGGCACAGUGUGCAGAUUCAUCAAAAGCUAAAGGAUUCAGGUGGAUUUAUACAUGUAGGUUUGAAAUCUUUGAAGCAACAUGAGAUAUUUUUCAUUGCCAGUCUGAGAUUUUAACCUUUUUUUUGUUAUCGUCGUUCUAUUCAAGUCUUAAUUCCAUGAAUAUGUCUUUGUUUAGACAUGCAGUAUAUCCUGUAUCAUAUACUGCAUGUCUGUAUGAUGUACUGUAUAUUAAGAUGUCAGCAGUCAGCAUCACUGUGAUUGUGCCUUUUGAAUCACAAGGGAAAAGAGAGUGUGGGUGUUACAUGAGUGUACUAAUUAAAUGUAAAGGUACUUUGAAGUGUAUGAAUGUAUGUCUUUGGGAAAUAAUAAUGUCUACUACUGACCAAGAUGUAAAGACAUUGGGAUUGAGUUAAAUAAACAUCUCUUGGAGACAGAGUCUGUAUUGUUUUAAAA